GAGCUUCUGCGCGUGCCGUGCAGUCUGAGUGACGUCUCUCUGCUCUCUGAGGAUCCGUGUGUUGUUGCAUCGCUCCUGUUUUGCAUCUACAUCAGUUUUUCCGAGUGACUUCAGCUCAUCGCCUGUAAAUAAAGACAGGAAAAGUGACUCCCAUUGUGUGACGGUAAACUAAAGCUGUAUCGUGUGACAGUUGAGAUUCUCGCGCGCUGUUUGCUUGCAGAGCCCUCGCUCGUCGGUUACCGAGUGUCUUAUAUCCUGAUCGAUUAUUGUGAACGGAAUCAUGUCAGAAGUGCUGCCUUACGACGAGAACAUCUCUCCGUACGGUGAUGAUGGAGAUGAAGAGCAGAUAUCCCUCACCUGUCGCCUGCAGAACAACAACAGUAACUUCUUCAGUUCUGCGCAGAACAAACGAGCUCCGAAACUCGGACAGAUCGGACGCAGUAAGAGAGUUGUCAUAGAAGAUGACAGAAUUGAUGAAGUUCUGAACAACACAGCAGAGAAGUCAUCGGCGGGAGUGUAACCCUCACGGACGACGUUAAAGCGGCAGGAAAUCGUGGGUUACGUGCAUUCUGCAUCAAAAGCACUUUGCAGUCCCUCUUAGUAUGGGUUGAAUUUCACUGUGCGGCAGCAGGCGAGGAGAGAGUCCCUGCUGCGGGCAUCCGAACCGAGGAAGCGGGGCUCUGUCUGCUUUCUCUCUUUAAGGGCAUGUUUCGUAUCCCUUUCUUAUAAAGUGAUAUCUUACACUGGACAUGUUGUUUAAAAUACAUGUGGAGUUGGUCUGUAGUGGUCCAGAUUCAGUUUAUAUUGUGAGAGGAAUGCAUUGAUAUAAAUCACAAGCACAAAUCUGGCAACUUUUGUUCAUUAUUUUUGCCGUGAGACUGGGCACUCUUCGUUUCUUUUUUGUGCACAAUGAGAGUGUUUUUCACUUUAAAUAUCCUUAUUAUGAUCUCUUGGAUACAUUUUGUCUUUUGCAGAGAUGAUGGACAGAGCAAUUAUUUUUAUUUAUAGGAGAAAGGAAAGACUACUUUUUUUAAAGCAAUUUUUUUUUCAUGUUGAAUAUUGUCAUUUUUUUGUUGUGGUUGUGGCUGCAAACUGCCUGCUUAGCCUGAGUUCAAAAGCUUAUUUUUAUAUCAAGGAGCUAUUUCUGAGUAACAGUCGUAGCACUUUCAAACGUGGUUGUCAGCUAAAUGGAUUUUGAUCACUUUUGUGCCAAAAUUUAGCAAAAAUAUGCCAGUCGACUUGUGUUUUCGUUCACCCGAGUAAUGUGAAGUUUUCCAGGCCUGCCUCUCAUAUAUAUUUCAGGGCUUUUCUAACGGCUUUUUUUGCAUGAGAAUGGCACAAAUGCCUCAUUCUGUGGCAGUGAAUUACUAAUAUAUUUGCUGUAAUGUUACUUUGAAUGACGAACCUCAAACUCUUGAAUAUCGUGUAUGUUGCACUUCUCUAUACUGUUAAACAGGGCUAUAUUUGCAACAAAAUGUAUGACCAAUAAAAUGUCAUUACAUAACAGAACUCUACCACCCUAACUGUACGUUAUGUGAAAUUUCUUCUCUUGGUUGUUUUAUCAAUUGCAAGGUGGCACUUUUCUAAAGCAAAUGCUUUCCCAUUAAAACAGGCAUGUUCGGAUACAACAAUCAGAGUUGUUCUUGAUCAUAGGAGCUGUGAUGAGGAAUGCAUUUCAGUUGUUUAACCAAAUCUGCAACAUGACAUCAUGACUUUUGCGUAAACAUACACGCCAAACAUGCUUGAGCUUCUGUUUACCACAACUGAUGUGUGAGUUGAUGAAUGUUUAUAUGUGAUUAAAAUGCUAAAUUCAA